GUGAUCUGAUUUGACGGACAGAAAAACCACGAAGUCUGACCCUUUUCUCUGAAUCCUGGGCCUAACCUAUGAGCCUAUGUAUGAAACAAUAGGUACCCCACAUACAUAUGUACGUGUGUAUGAUACGUUAUCGUUAUCGUGAUGGAAUUAUGUUAAUGAUCAGAUUACAAUCUAAACUAGGCCAUUACUUGAAGUGUUCUUAUCAAGCUCAUCGUUGUCAAUGCUGUGCUGACUGGGGAAGUAUCUAGUAGAUCCGUAAUGUGUGAUAGUUGUUGAGGUGCGAGUGAAUUCAGUCCACAUUACACUAGUAACAAAAAGAUAUAAAUAAAUAUAGGAGAUGGAUGAAUUUGAAGAAGUACUGAAAAAGAGGAAUAAGUAUGAUAGAGCAAAUUUUCUUUCAAAGUUAUGUUUUUGUUGGCUGUGUCCAUAUUUCGUAAAAGGAUGCAAAAAAGAGCUAAUCGAAGAUGACAUACACAAGCACAGGGGAAAACAUGACUCGGAAGUGUUGGGAAAUGAACUAGAAGCUGCCUGGAAUUGCGAGAUCAAUAAUAACAAAAAACCCUCACUGAUAAGGACGCUUGCGAAAGUUUACUUAGCAGAAAUAUGUUUUUUAGAUAUUUUAAUUAUCAUAGUUGAAGCACUUAGAAUGUUACAGCCCUUGUUAAUGGCACGGCUACUUAGUUACUACGAUAGCAAUGCAGCAGGUGAAGACAAAAAUGAGGCUUACAUGUACGCAAUACUUAUCGUACUUUUAUUGUUCCUCAGCGUUUUGUGCAUGCAUGUCUUUCAAAUGAACAUCAUGCAAGUGGGAUUGAAGCUACGAAUAGCUUGCUGUGCUUUGAUCUAUCGAAAGUCACUAAAACUGAAUAGGUCGGCCUUAGGCGAAGUAACCAUAGGCCAAAUGGUGAACCUCCUAUCAAAUGAUGUGUCUAGAUUUGAUGCAUGUACAAGUAUGUUCCACCAUCUUUGGGUAGGUCCAGUUGAAAUACUGAUAGUGAUGUAUCUGACUUAUUACUAUAUGGGCUAUACGGCGCUAGUUGGUACUUUGUUCUUGUUGUUCUUCAUCCCAGUCCAAUCGUAUAUGGGUAAGCUGAUAUCCAAAUUUAGACUUCGUACAGCUUUACGCACGGAUCAGAGAGUGAGGUUGAUGAAUGAAGUCAUUUCUGGAAUACAAGUGAUAAAAAUGUACACUUGGGAGGAGGCGUUUGCUAAAGCUGUUGAAUUAGUGAGGAGGAAUGAAAUGACGUGCAUAAAGUCAGCUUCGUAUAUUCGAGCCAUCAGCAUGUCAUGUGGACUUAUCCUCAACAGAACGGCUAUCUACCUUUGCAUUCUUGUGUAUGUUUUAACAGGGAGCGUACUCACUUCUUCCUACGUAUACACCAUGACUACAUUUUUCAGGCUUCUCAAUUCUGUGACGAUGUUCUUUCCACAAGCCAUUACAUCAUCAUGUGAGGUGUACGUAUCAGUAAAAAGAAUUGAGAAGUUCUUGCUCUACGAGGAAAUUGAGCCCAGAUUUCGCGAAGAUCAAAGACUAUCAGAUGACGAGAAGUCACACAUUGGAAUCAAUUUGAAAAAUGCAUCAAUAAAGUGGAGAAAAGACGCGACUGAUUAUAUCUUAGAGAAUAUAACGAUGGAAGCUGGUUCAAGGAGGUUGACGGUGAUUGUUGGUUCGGUAGGCAGUGGAAAAACCACGUUGCUCCAUGUCUUCCUAAAAGAACUAUAUCCUGUUGAAGGUACAGCUAGGAUACUAGGAACAGUCUCCUAUGCGUCACAAGAACCAUGGUUGUUUGGCGCUAGUAUACGGCAGAACAUCCUAUUUGGUCAAAAAUAUAUCAAAUCCAAGUACGACGAGGUAGUUCGUGUAUGUGCUUUAGAAAGGGACUUUGAGCUCCUUGCGCAUGGUGAUCAUACUCUUAUUGGUGAGAGAGGAGUUAGUUUGAGUGGCGGACAGAGAGCGAGGGUCAAUUUGGCACGAGCUGUCUACAAGGAGGCUGACAUUUAUUUGCUGGACGACCCGUUAUCUGCAGUAGAUACUCAUGUAGGUAAGCAUCUCUUCGAGAAGUGCAUAUGUGGAUACUUGGGAAGUAAAUGUGUGAUAUUGGUGACACAUCAGUUGCAGUAUCUAAAAAGAGCCAAUAGUAUUUAUAUGUUGGAAGAUGGAAAGAUCAAGGCUUCUGGAAGCUAUUCUGACAUCAAGGCGUCUGGAACAAUAUUCACAAGAUUGGCGAGUCAGAUAGAAGAUGAGGACGAGGUAAGACGAAAGUCUGCUGUCCCGAAAGAAAAAGAAGAACAUGAAGUUCAAGUUUUAGAAAAAGAAGCCAAAGCUUCAGGAAACGUGCCAUGGAGUGUAUACAGAGACUUCUUGAACGCUGGAGGAGGGACGAUGAAUGUCGUUAUUUUGAUCCUUGGAUUUGUUCUCUCUCAAUCAAGUGAUAGCAUUGCGGAGUAUUUCGUCACUUGGUGGGUGAACAUUGAGCAAGUGAGAUCGUCAAACGCAUCUACCCCUACAGCACUAACUGUCAGUUUGAACGACAGCGACUCAAGGCCGACUAUUGAAGAUCCUUAUGCAGACUGGUGGUUGCGACCAUUAUUUUCCGAUAGUGAAAAAGCCAUAGCCUACUACAGCGCACUCUGCAUAUCAAUCGUAGUGUUGACCUUAGCCAGAUCCAUAUAUUUCUACAAUUGGUGCUUGACCGCUUCUACAACGCUUCAUAAGUAUAUGAUGGAUAAUAUUGUGUACAGCUCCAUGCUGUUUUUCAGCAAGAAUCCUUCAGGGAGGAUUUUGAACAGAUUCUCGAAAGAUAUUGGGUCUCUUGAUGAGAUGCUGCCUUAUACGUUACUGGAUACUGUUCAGAUAGGUGUGAGAGUUGUUGCUAUAAGCAUUGUAAUAGGAAGUUUAAGCUACUGGAUCGUUAUUCCAAGUAUUGUAAUCGUGGUGUUAUUUUACAUACUCAGGACGGUGUACUUACAAACCAGCAGAGAUGUGAAGAGGAUAGAGUCUAUAACAAGAAGUCCCAUAUUUACCCACCUGUCGACGUCUCUACAAGGGCUUACGACAAUAAGGGCCUUGAAGGCUGAGCAAACUUUAACGAAGGAAUUUGACAUCUACCAGAACAAAAACACUGCUGCCUACUUCAUGUUUCUUGGAGCUUCUAGAACUUUCGGAUUCUGGUUGGAUGCCAUAUGUGUCUUAUAUGUAGCAGCUGCUAUAUUUAUCCUGCUUUUUGUCAAAAGUGAAACAUUUGGAGGCAACAUUGGUUUAGCCUUGACCCAGGCCAUGGGAAUAACUGGGAUGUUCCAAUGGGGCAUGAGACAGUGGAGUGAGUUGGAAAAUCAAAUGACGUCGGUUCAGAGAGUUCAGGAAUAUGCGGUUUUGAAACAAGAAGCUGAUGAAGGUAAAUAUCAACCACCAACGGAAUGGCCUGACAAAGGAAAAGUUGAAUUCGACAAUAUGUCACUCCAGUACUCCCCAAAUGAACCCUUUAUUCUGAAAAAAGUGACAAUUGUCGUCCAACCAAGGGAAAAAGUUGGUAUUGUCGGUCGAACUGGUGCAGGUAAAUCCUCACUGAUCCAGGCUUUGUUCAGAUUAGCUCACGUAGAGGGCAGGAUAUUGAUAGAUAAUAUUGACACCAAAACGAUACCUUUGAAGAGAUUAAGGAGUAGUAUUUCGAUCAUCCCACAGGAACCUGUGCUGUUUUCUGGAACGUUUAGGAGAAAUCUGGAUCCCUUUGACGAAUAUAAAGACGAGGCCCUAUGGAAUGCUCUAGAAGAGGUAGAAUUGAAGUCUCUAGUAACUGAGCUCCCAGCUGGUUUGAACCAUCGUGUGACAGAAGGUGGAGGAAAUCUUUCAGUGGGCCAGAGACAGUUAGUCUGUCUUGCUAGAGCUAUUCUCAGAAACAACAGAAUACUCGUUAUGGACGAAGCUACGUCUAAUGUGGAUCCGCAGACAGAUGCGCUUAUACAAAAGACAAUCAGGAAGACGUUCCAUGAUUGCACAGUUUUAACAAUUGCCCAUCGGCUCCAUACGGUCAUGGACUCUGAUAAAAUUCUAGUUAUGAACGCUGGACAAAGUGUGGAGUUUGACCAUCCAUAUAAUCUUCUUCAAAAUGAAGACAGCUUCUUCUCCUCUCUUGUGAUGCAGACAGGAAAAGCAUCGGCUGACGUACUUCAAAAGGUUGCUGAAGAGAAUUAUAAGAAUCGACAGAACAAGGCUUAGUUAACAGUAUUACUUAUAUAUAAUGUGAUUCAAUAUUUCGCACAAAGUUCUACAGAUACUUUUCCUAAGUAUAGUUGAGUGUUUGAGAUGAAUUUUUAUGUUUCGAGAAUAAAAAUGUUACAAAAAAUCCAUGCUUAAUGGUUUCUAACUUGCUUCAUAGAUAUGCUUUAUUGUCUGAAGUACAUUAAUGACAAAGCUAACCCAUAACUAAACUAUAAUGUAAUUAUAUAAGUGGAACUUGAGUAGGUGAAUUGUAGAACUCACACAAAGUAUAAUAUGGUUUACAUAUUAAAACGUUUUCAAAUUCACGGCAGAAUAUGUUUAAAUUGUUUGAUGGCAUCAGUAGUUUCACACGAAUUUGGUAUUAGUUUUUUGCUGAGAUUUUAAAAAUUAUUAUCCCAAAAAAUGUAAAACAAACUUCGUCUGCACCGGAAUAGGCAAUAUUUGGAACUUUUGAUGCAAUUUUGAGCCGGACAACAUGCAGAUUCGUUGAAAGGGCCUUUUUGUUUACCAAGAUUAUACAAAAAAC